AUGGAUGAAGACCAAGUUAUCGUUAUCGAUGAACAAGAUAGGCCGUUUGAGGAAGAACUUAUUCGUAAUCCACACAAUGUUAAGUCGUGGCUUAGAUACAUUAGUAUGAAAGCGAAGUCACCCCCAAAAGUGGUUUAUAUGUUAUAUGAACGAGCUGUAAAACAGUUGCCUGGGAGUUAUAAAUUAUGGUAUCGUUAUCUACGUCUACGGCGUGUGCAUUCACGUUCUCUUUGUCCUGGUAGUAUUCUGCAUGAAGAAACUAAUAAUGCCCAUGAAAGGGCUCUUGUUACAAUGCACAAGAUGCCUCGUAUAUGGAUAGAUUAUUUAAUGUUCCUAAUGUCACAAGGAUUGAUUACUCGAACAAGACAUGCUUUUGACAGGGCAUUGAAAGCUUUACCAAUUACCCAACAUGAUAGGAUAUGGAAUUUGUAUUUAAGAUUUGCUGAUAGACACGGUCAUAAAAUUAACGAGACCUGUGUACGAAUCUACAGACGAUAUGUAAAGUUUGCUCCAGAUGAUAUGGAACGUUUUGUCAAUUUUCUUAUUCAACAUGGAAAUGCCAAUGAAGCCGCAGUUGUCUUAUCUGAAAUAAUUAAUGAUGAUAGUUUUAUGAGUCGUGAAGGAAAAUCUAAAUUCCAAUUGUGGAACCAAUUAUGCAAUCUUUUGGUUAAAAAUCCUUUGAAGAUUACAUCGCUGAAAGCAGAUCCCAUUAUUCGUCAAGGAAUUCAUCGUUAUACUGACCAGGUUGGUGUUUUAUGGAAUUCUUUGGCUGACUAUCAUAUACGUUGUGAAAAUCUUGCACGGGCCAGAGAUGUUUAUGCAGAAGCAUUGAAUAGCGUUUCAACAGUUCGUGAUUUCACUCAAGUUUUUGAUGCCUAUGCGGAAUUUGAAGAAUCAAUGGCAAAGGCAAAGAUGGCUGCUUUGGAACAAUCUGAUGUUACAGAAGAUGAUGAGUUGGAUGUCGAAUUGUAUCUAGCACGUCUUGAAUCUCUCAUGGAUCGUCGUCCUUUACUCUUAAAUAGUGUGUUGUUACGUCAAAAUCCUCAUAACGUAGCGGAUUGGUUGAAACGUGUUGAAUUAUUGAAAAGUCAGGGAGCACGUGAACAGAUUGCAGCAUUCAUGGAGGGCAUUACAUCGGUUGAUCCAGCUAAGGCAACAGCAGGUCGUCCAUCAUCAUUAUGGACUGGUCUGUCACGUUUAUAUGAAGAACAUGGUCAGUUGAAUGAUGCACGAGUAGUACUUGAAAAAGCAACUGGUGUUGCUUUUAUGCAUGUUGAAGAUUUAGCAGCUGUAUGGUGUGAAUGGGCUGAAAUGGAAAUGCGUCAUGAUCAACCUGAAACAGCACUUCGUUUGUUAGGGAAAGCUACUACUGCACCAUCACGUAAAGUCGAUUAUUAUGAUCGUUCAGAACCUGUUCAAGCACGACUCCAUAAAUCUUUACGUCUUUGGUCGUUGUAUACGGAUUUAGAAGAAAGUUUUGGUACAUUUGAAACAACAAAGGCUGCCUAUGAUCGAAUGAUUGAUUUACGUAUAGCAACUCCUCAAAUUAUUAUGAAUUAUGCAUUAUUCCUGGAAGAAUUAAAUUAUUUUGAAGAUGCUUUUAAAGCAUAUGAAAAAGGUGUUGCAUUAUUUCGUUGGCCAAAUGUUUACGAUAUAUGGGCUACUUAUUUGUCUAAGUUUAUUGAACGUUACGGUGGAAAUAAAUUGGAACGUGCUCGUGAUUUAUUUGAACAAUGUUUAGAGAAAUGUCCACCGAAAUAUGCUAAAGCGUUACAUUUAUUGUAUGCACGACUUGAAGAACAACAUGGACUUGCACGUCGUGCUAUUCGUAUUUAUGAACGAGCUACAGAAGCUGUUCUUCCAGAAGAAAGAUUUGAGAUGUUCAAUAUCUAUAUUCAACGUAUUGCCGAUCUUCAUGGUGUUACGCAUACACGUUCAGCGUAUGAACAAGCAAUAGAACGUUUACCUGAAGAACAUUCGCGUAAAAUGUGUUUAAGAUUUGCUGAUCUUGAAAGAAAAUUAGGUGAAAUCGAUCGAGCACGAGCUGUUUAUGCUUAUUGUGCACAAAUGUGUGAUCCUCGGACCGAAACACAAUUUUGGCAAAUAUGGAAAGAAUUUGAAGUAACACAUGGUAAUGAAGAUACUCUACGUGAAAUGUUACGAAUUCGACGUAGUGUACAAGCAACUUAUAAUACACGUGUUAGUUUUGUUGCAAGUCAAUUACAAUUGAAUGAAGAAAAUCCAACAACAAAUGUACCAAAAGAUGAAAUGCAAAAAUUAGAUAAAUCACAAACAGAAAUCAAUAUUAUAAGUACCAAAAGUAGUUUAACUAGUGGUCGUCCUAUGGUACAAUUUCAAUCCGCUGGUAUAAAACAAUUAGGUUUAAUGAAUGAAAAAGAUGAUAAACAAAAAAAAGCUAGUGCUAAUAUUGAAGAGAUUGAUAUCAAUGUUGAUGAAGGAGAAGAUGAAGAAGAAGAGGAGGAGGUCGAUGAUGAUGAUGAUUCAAUGGGAGAACAAGAAUUAAAAGAAACAUUAAAUAAAGAUAAUAUUGAAUGUAGAGUAUCUAAUAAACGACGAAGAAAAGUUCAUUCAGACGAUAUUGAUAUUGAAAAUCAACCUGUUCCAUUGGCGGUAUUUGGUAGUUUAAAGAAGGUCGAUGAUGAUGAUGAAGACAGUUGA